AUGGUUAAUAAUCUUUACUCUAGUGAUUACUCGCAUUUACCUAGAAUUGGUUCUGCUGGAAGGACUGGUUUAUUUUCUAAAAUCAGUAGUGUUUAUAAACUUAGCAGUGAUCAAGAACCUGAUGAAGAUCGUUUUCUACCUGCUUCUAUUUUAAAAGACGAAUAUCAAUUAAAGGCACAUUUCCCUGUAGUGAUGAUUCCUGGUCUCACAGCCUCUGCUAUUGAAAGUUGGGGAACAACUGGUAAAUCCAAGCCAUAUUAUCGAAAGAAGAUCUUUGGAUCUAUAGAUAUGUUUCGAUUAUUAUUAUCAGACAGAUCAACAUGGAUAGAGCUUAUGAAAUUGGAUCCCAUCACUGGUCAAGAUCCUCCUGAUAUCAAACUUAGAGCAACUACAGGUUUAUCAGCAUCGGAUUAUUUGUUCCCUGGUUUUUGGGUAUGGGGAAAAGUGAUUGAAAAUUUAUCAGUUAUUGGAUAUGAUACAAGUAAUAUGCAUAUGGCAGGAUAUGACUGGCGUUUAUCAUUACGUGCCCUUGAAGAACGUGAUCAAUAUUUCUCCCAAUUGAAAGAACUCAUUGAACGAAACAAAAAACAUACUGGCCGAAAAACAAUACUUAUGUCUCAUUCAAUGGGAACUUCGGUAGUGAAUUACUUUUUAAAAUGGGCAGAAUGGUCUGAAGGUGGUCAAGGUGGAGAUCAAUGGACUGAAAACCAUAUCGAAAGUUUACUUAAUAUUAAUGGUGGUGUAUUAGGUGUUCCAAAAGCAUUGACAUUCAUGCUUACAGGUGAAAAUCAUGAUAUUGUCUCUCUUGGUAAAUUUGCAAAUACUUUGGUCGAUAGACUUCUUUGUCGUGGUGAACGUAUUGAUAUGACUCGAAAUUGGAGUGGAUUAGCAGCUGUUCUUCCAAAAGGUGGUGAUAUUAUAUGGGGUAAUGAUACUAGUGCACCUGACGAUGAAAUGGAUGAUCCUUCUCUACAAACAUUUGGCAAUAUCAUUUCUUUUUCGUCAGACAAACUCACCAACAAGGAUGCCAAUAGCAGCUUCGUAGAUGAUUCUCAUCAUCCUUUGUUACUCAAUCAUACUAUGGAUAUGGCAAUGAACCUUUUGAAAAAUAGUUCUUCUCAACAAUUCAACGACAUGCUACAAAACAACUACUCCUUUGGUAUAUCGACUUCGAAACAACAGCUACAAGAAAAUGAUAAUAUUCCUCGUACCUGGUCAAACCCACUCGAAUCACGACUACCCAAAGCUCCAAGUAUGAAAAUAUACUGUUUAUAUGGUGUCGGUAUACCCACAGAAAGAACUUACUUUUACUCUCCCACUGGUACAGAUUCAACAACUGAUGAAGAAGAUAAUACUAGCGGUGUAUGUAGAGUGCGUAAUGCGGUGAUGGAUAACACUGGUAUUAGUCGAUCAGUCCCUUUGACAAUUGAUGUAUCUAUAUCGGACGCUACUCAUCGCAUCAAAGGUGGUAUUAGGAAAACUGAUGGGGACAGGACAGUUCCUAUCAUAUCGAACGGAUACAUGUGUGCUCCUUCUGGUGGAUGGACAAAACAUGCUGAUCUUUACAAUCCUGGUCUUACUCAAAUAAUUGCUCGCGAAUAUAAAAAUGAAGAAGGAAUGAGUAGGGGUGAUCUUCGUGGUGGGACCAAGGUAGCAAGACAUGUAGACAUUCUUGGCAAUCAUGAUUUAUUGUUGGAUAUUUUGCAAAUUGUUUCCAAUCAUGGUGAAAAUGUGACUCGACGUAUCUUCUCCAAUAUAGACCAAAUUGCCCAAAGGGUCCAGUUAGACCAUUUAGAUUAAUUAUAUUAGAUUAGUGAAAAUGGUGGUGUUAUUUU